UUUUGAACUAGAAACACUUUACUUCCUGAUAUUGUUUCAGUAAAUGUUUGUGAUGUAGACUAAUUGCUGCAGACAUAACAUUCCUGAGAGAGAACCAUGACGUACAGUAAUGUGACAGUCACAUUAACAACUUGUGCUGGAUAACUGGGGGGAAAUUAUGCAUAACAAUGCCCUGAAAGACAGACAUGCAUUUGUCAUGAAUUUAGGGCCUGUGAAAGAGAGAGUGAUGCAGCUGAGCAGCACCAAGAGCUGACUCUCUACAAUGAAGCCUUUCUGUGUUGUGUGUGGCAAAGGGGACGUGCAUGAGCUCAGCAUCCAUAGGAGUUCUGCCCAUUCAGCUCUGCUCUGCUGUGGUGGCCCUCUGACUCACUCUGUUGGAGACAAAGUGUCAUUACAUCAGAGGAUUAAUAGUAGGUACUCUACUCAGUGGAAGGGAUUUUAUGAUUUUGUCAUUAAUACUUCACUGAAGGAUUAAUUGUGAUGAUGCUAGCAGUAGAAUAUAUUGGCAAGUAAUGCUUACAAAGUCUGAACCGCAUUUUGUGGAUGUUGUAUUCCCCACAAUCUUACGAAAGUAACCAGAAGGUUGAUAGAAACUGCAAAGAGGAAAAAAAAAGAAACAUCCAAGGACAGCAGCGCACAGAUGCUUCAGCAUAAUACAGUAUGCUAUGUAGGACAGUGUAGUAAAAUAUGGUAUAGCAGUCGUAAAUGUCAUUAUUUUCUAUUCAUAUUAAGCAUACAUUAUCUGUACUAUCUCUAAUAAAAAAUUGUAUCUUUUCUAUUUUAUGACACGGUCACUGAGCUCAAUUCAAACCUGUGAUGUCACAACAGGAUGUCCAGCUCGAGUCCCUCUAUCAGUCAGUGAUAACUGUUACUCUAAUCUGGUGUCUGCUUACAUUGAAAUCCCACUUGUGAAUGCAAGUAAAACUAGGCCAUCUUGUGGUUGAUAACCACCACUACCACUAAGACAAAUGAGCAAAACACGACAGAGCCUCUUUUUGCUGGGUCAUCCAUCAAUGCGAUACCAAACUGCCUCAACUGUGACCUUAUAUAGUAGUCAGGCAAACAAGCCUAGAUAGAAAUCUGUGUUGACAAUUUAUAAGAGGCGCAAGGAAAUACAUUUAAUCACAUUAUCAGAGAAGUUUGAUAAUUGAAUUUCUAUUUGCAAAUGUGCUAUCAUGUUAUCAUGGUAGCAUGACUUAUAAGUUGUCUCUUAAAAGAGUCCAAGCUUAAUGCAAAAUAUUAGCACUUUGAAAUUGAAGAUCUGAAACAAUGAGGUUAACACCAUUAAUAAGUGUUGAUAGAGAUAAAUAGCAAUAUUAAAAAUUAUGUUUUAGAAUGUUUACUGUAGCUGAAAACAAUUAAGAUCCUGAUAUUCAAUGUUGAUAAAACAAAAAGAGCAAUACAAUAAUUGUUCUUUAAAUUAUGAAGAUUAAUAAUCCUGCAAUAUUAUGCAGCAUGUGUGUUCUAGUCGUAUGUGUGUUUGUAGGUGUUUAGUUGCAUCACAUGUGCCUGUCAGAUCCCCUCUUGUUCUUGAGGGUUUACAUGACACCAAGGUUCCCUGCCUCCUGUACAGAGAGCCAGUAUACCACUGGAAGGGUUGUCAUCAACACAGCUUGCCUCACUUUAUCACUCUGACUCUUUGUUGUUGUUCUCCUCCCCAUCUGUGAUCUCAUUUCAGUAUCUGUCCUCCCCAGGAUCAAUGUCUUGUGCUUACCACAGGCAGACCAAGAGGCUGACAGUGAAGACUACUGCGUGAUCGAGAAAUGCAAUUGGAUUGUUUCCCCAUUCUAAUUUGUCCAGAGGAGGCUGAUCGAAUUGAUAGGGUUGCUUUUCAAGUUAGCUUGUGUGCUUAUUUUCUGAUGUGUAUGUGUGUACACCUGCAGGCAAAUCUGUGUGUGUGGACAGAAAACACUGGUAGAUAGGAAAUGGGCUUUUCAGUGUAUUCUCACCACUAGAGGCUACUGUUGAUCUCUUUAUGAAAUGCAAAAGUGGCACCAUAAACCAGUGUACCUGUAGAUGUAGCCUAACUGGUGUGUAUUACCUAUGAUUUAUAGUUUAUGUGGUUCUAUCUGUUUCUACUUUGUGGAUUGAUCUGCAUCUUUUUGAGUCCACAUUUUUGAUUGUGUUUAUUUUUCCUCUGCAAAAUUAUAACAACUGGUUUCAACCAGAGGAAGGGACUGAGCAGGAAACUGCUUUGCAUGCAUGCAAUAUCAUACAAAUAGAAGAAGAAAGAUUAGAGUAACAUAGAUACAUAUGUUGUUUAUCUCCUGUUAAUUAUCUCACAACCCUUUAGAUUUAUCUUGCAACCCCUUGAAUUGGGUGGGUAUGCUUAACCCAAAUUAAGCAGCUACAUGCACUAUUUGACCUGCGAAGAUCAUGAGCAGCUGGAAAUGUUCCAAGCAUGCUGUAAGUUGGGGGAACAUUUUUAUGGCUUGCCAGUUCAUCAUUGGAUGGAGUCACACAGAUUGAUACCUGUGGGAACUUUGGAGUCUCCAGUCCACCUGAAUGCUGCUUUGUCUUUGAAAAUGGGAGGAAUCUGGAGCACCUGGACAUGAGAACACACAGUGACAAAAGGAGAACCCCACAUAAAAAAGACAGACUCAAACAUGGUCCCUUCUUCCUGUGAGGCAACAGUGCUAACCUCAGCCAGCAAAAAAAUGUAUGUGACAGGACAUCUCAACAAUAGUUCAUUACCUCCAGCAUUCCUAUCCAUCCCUCUGUCCACCCCCUCCCUCCCUCUCUCCUUCUGGGGCUGUAAAUAAGCUGGGGCUGUGUAGACCCUUGAGAGGCCCUCCCCCACCACUGCUACCCCCUUCUAACUCCCCUGCUCACUCAGACUCUGCGGCUGCUCUUUAUGCUUCUGAAAGGCGCCACAGAGAUGUUCAGAUGAUCCAUUGGUCCAUCCUGAACCACAUCAUCCAUACAGCCCAAGACAGGGAAGACUAACUAGUGCGAGUGCGAGAGAGCGCUUGGAGGGUGCUGUGAAUACCCUGCGAGGCCCGCCCGCCUGCCAAGCCUGGCAGAAAGCUUGGCUUGCUCCUUCACUCCUCCAGCCCCUGAGAUGCCCUCCCCUCCCAAUGAAGGAGAGGAUCAAGGAGCGUCCCCCGUGAACGGGCCAUCUGUGGGCUCCUACCAGAGCAGUGGGAAGAGGAAGGUGCGCAGCAAAAAGAAGAAAGGCACUAUCACCGCCAAUGUUGCCGGCACCAAAUAUGAGAUUGUUCGUAUAGUCAUCAACGAGAUGGACUUCAUCAAGACCCGGGAUGAUGACGAGACUGCCAACCUCAUCUGGAAUGACUCAGCCGUGCAGCACGAGAAAAUCGCUGAGCUCAGGAAUUAUCAGAGAAUUAACCAUUUCCCUGGCAUGGGCGAAAUCUGCCGGAAAGACUGCCUAGCAAGAAACAUGUCCAAAAUGAUCAAGUGCCAGCCUCAAGAAUACAGCUUCAUACCCAAAACCUGGAUCUUCCCCGCCGAGUACACUCAGUUCCAGAACUACGUCAAGGAGCUACGCAGGAAACGCAAGCAGAAGACCUUUAUAGUCAAACCCGCCAAUGGAGCCAUGGGUCACGGGAUCUCGCUUAUCCGCAACUGUGAGAAGCUGCCAGCCCAGGAGCACUUUAUUGUUCAGGAGUACCUGGACAAGCCCUUCCUGAUGGAGGGCUACAAGUUUGACCUGCGCAUCUACAUCCUCGUGACUUCCUGCGACCCACUUCGCAUUUUUCUCUACAAGGACGGCCUGGUUCGCAUGGGCACAGAGAAGUACCAUGCACCCAGUGAGGCCAACCUGAGCCAGCUCUACAUGCAUCUGACCAACUACUCAGUCAACAAACACAAUGAGAACUUUGAGCGAGACGAGACAGUGGACAAAGGGAGUAAGAGGUCCAUCAGUUGGUUCACCGAGUUCCUCCGCACCAACGACUACGAUGUAGCCAAGUUCUGGGGAGACGUCUCUGAGCUGGUGGUGAAGACGUUAAUAGUGGCUGAGCCCCACGUGCUGCACGCCUAUCGCAUGUGUCGCCCCGGCCAGCCACCAGGGAGCGACAGCGUCUGCUUUGAGGUCCUGGGCUUUGACAUCAUCCUGGACCGCAAACUCAAACCCUGGCUACUGGAGAUCAAUCGAGCUCCGAGCUUUGGGACCGAUCAGAAGAUUGAUUACGACGUGAAGAAAGGGGUGCUGCUCAAUGCGCUCAAACUACUCAACAUUCGAGCCAGUGAUAAGAAACGCAACCUGGCCCAGCAAAAGGCAGAGGCUCAGAGACGACUCUAUGGACACGGCUCCAUGAAGAAACUUUCGGCUGCUUCCUCGGACUGGGAGAAACAACGUCAUACACUGGAGCGAAGGAGAGAAGAGCUUAAAGAGCGACUGGCACAGGUCCGCAAGCAGAUCUCCAGGGAGGAGCAUGAAAAACAACAUUUGGGGAACUACAGACGUAUUUACCCCCCAGACGACAAGCUGCUGUUGGAGAAGUAUGAAAGCCUGCUCUCGGCCGCCUUUCAGACCUUCCUCGCCGGGCGAGCUGCCUCACUUCAAAAGGAAAUGAAUAAUCCUCUGAAACGAAUGAAGGAGGAGGACAUCUUGGAUCUGUUGGAGCAAUGUGAACUGGACGACGAGAAGCUGAUGGGCAAAUCCUCCAGGCAACGAGGCCCUAAGCCUUUGACCGCCAUGCCAGAAUGCAGUCAGACACCAAGACGUCAACGACCAGACUACCUGGCUGACUUCACCAGCGGCAGCAGCGCUGAUAACUCCUGCUCCUCCUCAGACGAAGAAGAGGAGGAGAGGAGGAAAGCAGGAGGAGGAAGAGGCGGAGAGAAGAGGGAGAAGAAAGUUUCCUACGACCUUGGGGAGAGCAAGGAGAAGAACUUGGCUGAGCGCUCAGGUCGCAUUCACUGGAAACCUCCAAUCAAGUCACUCAAAACCAGCCCCGCCCCCUCUGCUUCCCCAACACUUUCUGGUCCAAUCAGGCGCUCCAUCUCCUGCCCUCGCUCAAUAGCCUCCCUCUCAUCGCCCAGUGAGGUGCGGGCGUUGUCCACCAGGCCUUCCCCAACAGUUCCCAUGGCCACUCCCCUCAUCAGGCCGAGCUCUGCCACACUGCGCUCUCACUCGCUGAGCCGCAGUGGCUCCGCCCACCGUGUACCUCACAGCAACAGCCUGGGGACCAUCCACUCUAACAUAGGUGAUCCACUGAUAAACCUGAGGAGUAAAGAACAGGAGGCCGAGCUGGUGCGUCAGACUCUGGCCGCGCUCACCGCCAUGAGGAUCAGGUUUCCGGGAAAAACCGAGGAAGAGGCUGAGGCUGUGCUGGAUGAGAUCCUCGACAACUGGAAAUACCAUAAAUCAAAGGUGGCCUCCUAUUGGCUAGUGAAGCUGGACUCUACCAAACAACGGAAGGUGUUGGACAUUGUACGUACCAAUGUACGCUCAGCACUGCAGCGGAUCUGGAGGGAGCCGGAUGUAGAGAGUCUCCACCUCUACCGGCUCUUUAACCACGUCUUCAACCGGCUGCUGUGGAGUCAUGGCCAGGGCCUGUGGAACUGCUUCUCUAACACUGGUUCAUCGUGGGAGGCCAUCUUCAGUAAGAGCAGCGAGGUGGUGUCACCCCAGGAGCUGCAGUGCUGCCGCCGGCUGGUCCAGCUGUGCCGAGACUGCCUGUUGGUCGUCUACAAGUUUGUCUCAGAGUCCCGCGGCUCUUUGACCGGACUCAGCCCCGAAUGGGACGACACCAGCUUACCAUUUGCUGCUGGACCAGCCUCUACCCAUGGCUCCACCCCUGCUGCUGUUGCUGCUGCUUCUUCUUCUUCCUCCUCCUCCGUCUCUUCGCCCCUCGACGCAGGUACUGGAACGCUGUUAGCAGGAGCUGCCUCACUGCUCUGUCUCGGUGGAAGGUGUCAUAGAAAAGUCUUAGAAAGGUAUCUGCUGCCAGUGACCUCCCAGUUCAUCAUGAAGUGGCCUUCGUCCAGCUUUGGCCACAUCUCCUCGGCCAUGCCACGCUCACGCAGCCUUUUCGCCGCCAGGAUGGGCCACUUCUGAGGUCACCGUGGCAACCCUGGCUUCUGACACCUUGCCUUUUGACCUCAACACCUUCCUCCCCUGACUCUCACCUCGCCAAACUCUGAUCUCAGCAAGUCCGGUAUGGAUCUGAAUUUGGGGCAGCUCUGGACACCGGAUGGAGCCUCAACCUUGGCCAAAUCCCACUGUGGAAGACCAACAAAGAAAGGCCAGGUGAUGUAGGAUUGCUAAAGGGCCUUGUUCAGUUUAGAUUAGUUUGGACCUGCCCAGACCAGCAGACCACCGGUACCCUCGAUCCCUACCUUUAGUCCCAGUAACACCAGACAAUGGGUUUACCCCUCUUUUCUCAUUGUAUUAUACCUACUCACUGUACAGUUACAAGUCAUGGUACUGUAAAAGGAAAGAAUAACAAAUACUAAACAAUGCAAGGAUUAUUUAUUUAUGUACUUACUUAUUUUAUAAGGUAUUCCAUGAAUGCGGUCAAUGCUGAUGCAGAAUGCAGAUGUGGAAUGAUAUCAGCAAAGCUAUCCCUUGUUUGAGAAAGUGGAUGGAAAAAAAACAACAAAAUGCUUAUUUUUGCUGGCUGUAAUCAGUUAUUUUAUUUCUGAAUUUAAUUUAUUUCAUAAUUUAUGUCAGAGGCUUUAUGUUUACAGAUGUUUUAACCGUCACUUUAUGUUCUAGUUUUUCAGAGUACAGAAGAGAGAAAUCAAAAUGCUUAACUUCUGAAUGCUAAUGCUUCAUGUUUUACCUGUGUGAUAUUAAGUGCAGCACUAUUAAGCAACAGUGUUUAGAAUGUCAAUGUAGUAAAGCCAAGCCUCUUUGCCUCUUAGAGAAUGAGCGACUUUGACACCCCAACGUAAAGAGCCAAACUUAAGUCUCAGAGAGCACCCAGUUCCUAAUAUGCACUUUCGAGUUUGUCACAGAAAGAAAAAGUGGGUGCACAUUACAGUAGUGUUUGCAUGCUUAGAUUUUAGUCCCUCACCCAGACUGUAGUGGUUAGACAGAGGAGCUGCGUUUGGAAUAUACUUGAAGUUUUAUGUUGUCAUAAUUAUUGUGUCUUUGUAUCGGCUGCACUGAGAAGAAGACACUUCACUCAGAUUCGACUUGUAGUCGUUUUGAGUAUGGAGGUGUUCAGGAUAAUAAGGAUGUGUUGCAUCGUUUAGAUGUGCAGCACGUUGAAUGAUUCGGCUCAUCAGCCCAAAUGUACUGUACUGCAACAGUGGUGAUUUGCCGUGGACGAGCAGCUGCAGCCUUUUUUCCCCACCGCACUGUAGGUACAAGUGCCAGGGAUAUCAUGGAUGUGCCAAUAAUAAGCACAUCUACUUCAUGUGUUCCGUUGGAUUUUAUUUGGUAAUGUGUCAUGAAACUAAUCUAGGACUUCAGUUAAAUACAGUAUUAAAUGUUGAUAAGGAGAAUGGCAGUGUUAUAUGUUUAGUAGUUUACUUGGCUCCAUGUAUUACCCCAUGAGUUGAUACAUUGACUUUUAAAGAUGGUAGUCUGUCGAUACAGUAGUGCAUUUUAUAACUUUAAUUCUGACUGUGCUAAAUCUGCUCAAAUUGAAUAUUCCCCAUACACUGAACAUCAAUUCACAAUGCCAAAUAUUUUCAUUUUGCCUGAUUUUGUGUGUGUUAUUUAAGAGUAGUACUUUUUCAUUGGAGGUAUGAGAUUUUUAAUUUUACAUAGCAAUAAAAUGUUUAAACGAAAACA